AUGUCAACUACCUUUCCGGGACUAGUCCACGAUGCCGAGAUACGUCACGACGGAUCAAACAGCUACCGUUUGAUGCAGCUCGGCUGCCUGGAGUCUGUAGCCAAUUCCACCGUCGCCUAUUCCUCCUCCUCUCCUUUGACUUAUUCCACCACCGGCACCGAGUUCGCCUCCCCUUACUUCUCCACUAACCACCAGUACACCCCGCUCCACCACCAGUCCUUCCACUACGAGUUUCAGCACAGUCACCCGGCUGUCACCCCCGACGCCUACUCCCUCAACUCGCUCCAUCACUCGCAGCAGUACUACCAGCAGAUCCACCACGGGGAACCCACCGACUUUAUCAACCUACACAAUGCACGGGCGCUCAAGUCCUCCUGCCUGGACGAGCAGAGGCGGGAGCUGGGCUGCCUGGACGCCUACCGCCGCCACGACCUGUCCCUCAUGAGCCACGGCUCGCAGUAUGGAAUGCACCCAGACCAGAGACUCCUGCCCGGGCCCAGCCUGGGGCUGGCCACCGCUGGAGCCGACGACCUGCAGGGCUCCGUGGAAGCUCAGUGUGGGCUUGUUCUCAAUGGUCAAGGUGGAGUGAUAAGAAGAGGUGGUACCUGUGUGGUCAACCCCACAGAUUUAUUUUGCUCUGUGCCAGGCCGUUUGUCCCUCCUCAGCUCUACUUCUAAGUACAAGGUGACCAUUGCUGAGGUGAAGAGGCGUCUCUCACCACCUGAAUGCCUAAAUGCUUCACUCUUGGGAGGCAUUUUAAGAAGAGCAAAAUCCAAGAAUGGAGGCCGCUGCCUGAGAGAGAAACUGGAUAGGCUUGGCCUGAACUUGCCAGCAGGAAGACGGAAGGCGGCCAAUGUCACGCUCCUCACUUCCUUAGUUGAAGGAGAGGCUUUGCACUUGGCUCGAGAUUUUGGCUACACUUGUGAAACAGAAUUUCCAGCCAAAGCAGUUGGAGAACAUCUUGCCAGACAACAUAUGGAACAGAAAGAACAGACAGCAAGGAAAAAGAUGAUCCUAGCGACCAAACAAAUUUGUAAAGAAUUCCAAGACCUUUUGAGCCAAGAUAGAUCACCACUGGGAUCCUCUAGACCCACUCCAAUUCUAGACCUUGAUAUUCAGAGACAUCUAACGCAUUUCAGUUUGAUCACUCAUGGCUUUGGGACUCCAGCAAUAUGUGCAGCCCUAAGCACUUUCCAAACAGUCCUCAGUGAAAUGCUGAACUACUUGGAAAAACAUACUACUCACAAAAACGGCGGAGCAGCGGAUUCUGGCCAAGGACAUGCCAACUCAGAGAAAGCCCCCUUGCGGAAAACUUCAGAGGCUGCUGUGAAAGAGGGCAAAACAGAAAAGACAGACUAA